GGCGGCGUUUAUUUACAUUUAAUACCGUAAAAUUUGCUGGAUUUUUUGUCCAAAACAGCUUUGUUGUACGCACAAAUUGUUGUAUUACGUGUGCCUAAUGCGGCGAAGACAUUGAAUACGCAAAAUUCACUCCCAGUUAACAACCAACGAUAGGCCUUGAAACAGAGUUUGCCAGCAGUGUGCGGGGAAGCAAAUUAUAUCUAUUACACAUACUAAACUAUGACGAUUGAUGGCACAACUCUGCCUUCAGAGCUGCUCGUAAUACCACAACCGCUAAUAGGUUUCUGUGGAUUGGAUAUCGCGAACCAAAGCGUUCACAAAUCAAUUUGGGAUGCAUUCAGCGGAACCCUUCAACGGAAGCCAGCGGAUCGGGACAGGGAUCGGGCUGCCGUGCAAUAUAAACUACUACCUCCCAACUAUGAGUUUCCGGUUGCUAAGCCAAAGCGCGCUUCAUACGAGUGGUACCAUCCGAAAGGAAUACUUAAGCGUAACUGGAUGUUGAAGCAUUUGCAUGUAUUGCCAUCCGUGGUGGUGCUCUUCCAAGACAUCGAAUGGAACGACAGCCAAUGGACAGAGAAGCAAGUGCAGUGUGCAGCUAUUGUUCAGGGCCUUAAGAAUGCUUUGCAAGAACGUAAUACAAGGCUGUGCUUGGUGUUGCUCCAGAAAUCAGCGCCACUGCCGGCAGGCGAGGAUAUGCUGGCAGCUGAGCGUGCCGCUAGUCUAACUACCGCGUGCGGAAUUACGAGCAAAAUGCUGUUCAUAUUGCCCCACACGGAGCAUCUAAUGGGAUACACGAUGCGCCUAGAGUCCGCGUUCUUGGAUAUGGCUCAGUCCUAUUAUGCACUCAUGUCGAAACGUAUACGUACUCAUCGCGAUCAGCUUUCUGCUGCCCAUACAACACUCAAGAUACGCCAUCAAUUUAAGCUGGGUUUUGUGGCUGAGAUGCGUCAGGACUUUAGCACGGCACAAAAACACUAUUUUCAGGCUUACGGUAACUUAGAUGAAAUACGGAUCACAGAUACUAAUUGCAUGGAGAUCAAAACAAUUGCUGGCUUUCUCAACUAUAAAAUGUGCCGGCUUAUGUUUAAGUUAAAAACACCAAGGGAUUCCAUCAAUCAGUUUAUUAUUCACGUUGAUAAGUAUAAAAACUGUUUGGGUUUCAAGGAUUUAGCCUUUGAGCAUCACGCCUGGCUAAGUACGCAACAUUCAGUCUUCGCGGAGCUCUUCUGUGAGGCAAUCAAGAAUGGUUUGCCUGCGUUGCAGACGCAGCAUCCAGGUAUUUAUUACCAGAAGGCCGCCGAAUAUGUGAUAAAGCGACGUGAAGCCGCUCAACAGGCCAGUGCCACGCUCUUAGGAUCGAGCACAACGAAUGUGACGCCAAAUCAGAGCUUGUACACCGAGUUCUUUGGUACACGUGCAAUUAAGACGGGAGAUCCUGUUGCCGAACAGCAGGCAAAUGUGCAACUCGUGGAGCAGGAGCGCAACUUUAAUCAUUCAUCGGCAAUCAUAUCGCUUCUCAGUCAGGCAAUGGCACAGUUUAAGAUCUACAAGUGCUUGAGAUUCCGUAAGAAACUGGCCAUUGACAUGGCCGAAGAGUAUUUACGCAGUGGCGAUCACGCCAAGGCAUUAACUCUGUACUCUCUUAUGUUGCCCGACUACCGUCAGGAGAAAUGGACGACCAUUUUUAGUGAUGUGCUGCUAAAGACUCUACGCUGUGCGCUGCUCUCCGCCUCAGUGGCUGAUUACAUUUCUUGCAGCAUUGAAGCACUGUCUCUGCGCCAUCAUGGUGAGCAGAAAGAGCGCGUACUGCUGCUAGAGAAUCUUUGGCAAGUGUUUCAAAGUGUGCCGCCUAUACCACAAACUCAAAUGACGCCUGAAGUGCAAGCGCUGUGGAGUAACGCGCUGGCAAGCGUGAAAUCACCGAUUCAAAUUGAUUUAGAUAAAGUCAGUGGUGUGCUGGAGCUCUGCGCUACAUUCCAACAGGUUCAACUAAACAAUAGCGAUGUGCUGCAGCUAAAUCUAAUAGUGCGCGUUCUUACCGACGUGCCGUUGCGCAUUCGCAGCUUUCAAGUUCUGCUUGCCGAUGCCAGUAAUCCUCAAAUAAGCUACAAACUGGAAGCGCUAAAGUAUUUAUGCUUUCCCAGUCUGCUGCAGUUGCGUACCCAUCAGCAGCCUCUCGAAUCGGAGCACAUAGAGCCAAAGACAUUUGAGAAGAAUAUGCGAUUAGAGCCUGGCUAUUAUUACCAGCUCAUUUGCAGCACGGAGGCGCAUCAGUUUAAUGAGAAUACACAACUGCGCAUCGCGCGGCUGGAAGCGCUUAUGGGCACCGAACAAAUUGGCGCAUUGCUCACGUGCAGCGCAAACUAUGCACGCAAACCAUUUCGGCAUCACACGCGCAGUCGCGAUCUGGAUGAUAAUAUGACGAUAAACCCUAUUUGCUAUAUUGCGCCCACCUUCCAUUUGAGUACUCAAACAAACCUUGGCCAUGUAUUGAGCGAUACUCCGACCACGACAACAAUGCUGGUCAAUGAAUACUAUCCAGUGGUGACUACCAUUAGCAAUCCCUAUAAUGUUUAUCUACAAAAUGUGGGCGUGCACAUUAGCGUUCCACAGGAGCUGCGCAAUAGCGUCUUCCUCACCACGGAUGUUUCAUCGAAUCGGCAAAAGCUGCACGCCCAGAUCCAGGUGGAUGUGGGUGAACUGUCUGCCCAUGGCAGCAACACCGCCACUUACUACAUAUUCAGCCUGGUGGAGGCAGAGAUCAAGCUGCAGCAGAGACUCAGCUAUACGCUGGAUGUGGAUCGAAGUGCAAGUGGUGGCGGAGCUGGUCACAGCACCACGCCCACCAGCACGGAUACAACGCCCGAGCAUGUGAACCAGCUGGUCACCAACAGCCUGGCGGUCAUAUCGCCCGUGCAAAUCGAGUAUCUGGACGAGACGAGGCUGCGCAAGUCCCGGGAGGAUACCCUGACCGUGCGCUGUGCCGGCGACUUUAAGUUCAAUGCCCGGUUCUACACACUCAACCGUCGUCCAUUGAGUCAGGUCUAUCGGGGGGAGAACUUUUUGCUGCGCGCCAAUACGGAGGUGGUGGCCGUGGACGAGGUGGAGAUAUUGGACAGCUUCUUUAUAUGUGAUCACAAUUUAGUGCAAUCGAACUACAGCUUUAAGCGGAAGAAGUAUACCAACAAAUACAGGGCUGGGGAUCAGCUGGAGAGCGUCAUCGUGCUGCGCACGAAUGCCACGCUGCAGGAUUGGACGACUGCACGGGAUUUGGAGCGCUCCAAGUCCGAGGAGAGUGUGAGCAAUAAGUUUGUGAGUCGCCAGCAGAAGACACAGCUUGCAGCCGGCCAAGCUGGAGAUGCGCCGCCCCAGGCGCCAAAUGUUGCCCAGAGUAAUUUUAUGAGCAAGAGUCUCCUGGGCAAGAUACCCACAUCGAUGACCAUCAUCAAUAAUAACCCCAAUGCUCUGCAGCUAUCCACAGUGGGCGCCUUGAGCAACUCCCUGCAUUCCGAUGAUGGCAAGCUAACCGUUGCGGGCACGGACGAAGGCACUACGCUGCCUGCCAGUGGGCAGGAGGCGCACAAGAGCAUGCGCGUCGUGUACAACAAGGCACUGGAAGCGGUGCAGGCUACGGGCCAUUGUCGCGGUUUCAUCAAAGGCGUCUAUACCUUGGAUGCAGGAGCAGGAGCACCAACGAUACCUCGCUUUGGCGUCUUCUGCAUACGCUGGCGUCGAGCAGGCGGCAAGGAGGAGAACGAAUCUAAAUUUAUCAUAAGUGGCCUUGAUAUAGCGGAGCCGCCGUUGAACAUAUACUGCACCAUCGAGGAGAAGAUGUUUGUCAAAAUGCCGAUGGCCUUCAAGGUGGUGCUCAAGAACCCAACAAUGCACGUCCUGCAUCUGAUAGCCACGUUGUCUAUUAGCAAAUCUGAUAACUUUAUAUGCUCCGGCCACAAGCAGCUGGAUGUCUCGAUAAUGGCGUAUGAUGAGAAAGAGCUGGUCUACAAUCUGUAUCCGCUGCAGGUGGCCUGGCAGGAGCUGCCCGUCCUCACGCUGGAGUACAACACCAAGGCUGAUCCUCAAAAGCAUGACAGCCAAAAUGCGCUGCUCGACGAGCUGGUGCAGCGAGCUCUACCCAAGCGCGUCUUUGUGCUGCCACCGCUGAAGCAGCUGACCAAGUAAAUGUUAUCCUGUGCAUAUUUAGCUAAUUUAAGUGUUUUAAAGUCCUCUAUUACUAUAUCAUUGUUGU